AUGUCCCCUCCUCCUCCACCGCCGGCCGAAGCGCCUCGUCGACCGUCCUUCGCCCCACUCUCUCGACAACACAGCCGAUCAUCCUCUCAGAUCGCGACUCUGGCCUCCCUCGCUCUCUCACCCGUGACGCCGACGACACCCCUGCCAUUCGCAUCAGGCUCGCGGGACCGCGCGCGGGAGAGGCGGAGUACAGGCGGAAGUACGGCCAGCGUCGAACGACGACGCGGAGAGGCGAUCGAGUCGAGCGAGGAUGGGUCCGACGCAGACGAACGGAGCGCAGACGGACGAGGGAGAGUGAGUGCCAGUGCGGACGGCGCAGCGGGGGGCAUGUCGCGGAGCACGUCGUCCAAAAGCAUCAAGGACAGGCGGUCGACCUUUCCUUCUGCCAUCGCCGCCUUGAACGUCCUCCCGACCGUCGAGUCCGACCCUGCGUCUCCCGCCGCGUCUUCUUCGCCUGCCACGUCUGUCCACCAGAACGCGUCCCGCCCGUCAUCGGGCACUUCCUCGCCCGUCACCUCUCUUCCGCCGACCGAUCCAGCUACUCCCGCCCAAUCCUCCUUCCCUUCGACAUCCACCUCCCUUGCGCAGUUUAUCCAGCAGAAACGACGACAGGCUUCGGCGCCGUACUUUGCGAGCGCGCGAAGCCAAAGCCUUUUCUCGCCAGGCGCGGGCUUCUCGCUCGGCCCGUCCUCGACCAACGCCGGUGCGGGUCCCUCGGGCUACUCUGGCUCCUGGGGUAGCGGUGCAGGCGGUACGCGUGCAGCAGGAGAGAUCGAGGCCGGUGCAAGCCAGAUCUCGCCUCGCCUCGCCUCUGCCUCGCUCCCUCCGUCGCGGAACCGCAGUCGAGCGAGCUCCAGGCGGGCGACGGCGACGGGCGGCGUGUUGUCGCUGCAGACCUUCGGGCUGAGCGCUCCGUUCUCAGAAGCGCAUGGCCUGGAGGACUCGGGACUCGUGCCUACGCCAACGACGGAGGAGUGGAGGGUUCUAGGGAGCGAGUUGUCGGAGCUGGCUUCGAUGCGAGCUCGGGAAGAGAAGGGGCGGAUGGAGUGCGAGGCAGAGAAGGGCGAGGCUGGAGCUGCCGAGCCAGACGAGGAGCAACGGAAACCGCGCUGGAAGCGGUGGCCGUCUCUGCAGGACGAUGCGUCGAGCGACGACGAGGAGGACAACUUUGCGCUCUCGCUCUCGCUGUCCAAGUACGGCAAGUACAAACACGGACACCAGCUACCGCACACGCCGCCGGAUCGCUCUCGCUCCAAUUCGCCGUCAAACAAGCCGAAAGACGAUGCGCACCCAUCUCGACCGGCGCCUUCGACGUACAAGUCCUCCUUCUCCUACACGUCAACCGGCUCGGGUGUGACGGGAGGCUUCACCUCGCAUUCGAACACGAACUCGAUCUCGUCCAUCACCGGCACGCAUCCCGUUCGUUCGCCUCUUACCGAUCCGCUUCCCUCGAUCGACACCUUCGAGCCGACGCACCGAAAGGGGCAGAAGAGCGACCCAUCCCUCGCCCUCUCGCACGUCACGGCUGAGUCGACGUCGACUCACCAGCGACCAGCCUUGUCUCGCGGAUCGCUCUCGAGCGCCACCGGCUCACUCAGCUCGACUUCGCCACCUCGAUCGCUUGACUCGUCGACGAAUGGCACGGCGACUCCCGCCUCGACGGAAGACUCGGACCGGACGGUCGAGCUUGCGCAGCCUCGACCGACCAAGCCGCAUGGCCUGCCGAGCCUGCCUCUCCCUCCGAGCGUCUUCCGCUCGCUCGAGGAGGGAGAGCCAAGUUUGCGCGACACAGGACUCGCUACGCCGCCUUCGGUCGCUGCAACACCCUUCGACGGCGACCCAUUCGCUUCGACCGCUCCCGCAUCUGCCUCCCUCCCGCCUACUCCGUACAUCGCGCCUCCCUCCGGCGACGAUUCGCAGGAUGUAGCAGGACGAAGCGGCGCCGCUGUCGACCUCGACUGGACGAAACCGCUCGGCCCGGUUGACCCGCGGACGUACUCGGCUGUGACGGGCGCACGGGACAUUCGCAGCUUCGUCUGCGACGAGGAGGAGGCGGGCAAGGGUGCGUACGGGAGCGUGCGGAGAGCGAGGGAGAAGGGCAAGGACGGCAAGCCUGUCGGGCCUGAGCUGAUUAUCAAGUACGUGAUCAAGCAACGGAUCCUCGCCGACUGCUGGAAGAAGCACAAGAUCCUCGGCCCGAUUCCGAUCGAGGUGCACGUCCUCGACCACCUCCGCCGCGUCCCCUACGAGCCUCGGCCACGGCUCAACUUUCUCUCGAAGCGGCGAGGGCGGAACGGGACGAUCACAAAGAAGGGGACGCCAGUGAGGCGGGACUCGGCGCCCAAGCUGGACUUGUGGACCGGCGGGAAGGAUGGCGGGGUUGUGCAGACUGGGCAUCCGAACAUUUGCCCGCUGCUCGAUUACUGGGAGGACUCGGAGUUCUACUUCCUCGUCAUGCCGCAAGCAACCGCCUCGCCGACAUCCGACCCUGACUCUCACCCUCGGCACGGCCAAGACCUCUUCGACUACGUCGACGCCCAUCCCGACGGCCUCCCUCCACGCGACAUCCACCGCAUCCUCUCGCAGGUCGCCGACGCAGUCUGGUUCCUACACGAACAUCAGAUUGUGCACCGCGACAUCAAGGACGAGAACGUCACGCUCGAUGCGGAUGGGAACGUCCGGCUGAUCGACUUCGGCUCGGCGGCGUACGUCAAGGAGGGUCGCAAGUUUGACACGUUCUCCGGGACGCUCGACUUCGCGGCUCCCGAGGUCCUCAAGGGCGCGCGGUACGGCGGCAAGGAGCAGGACAUCUGGGCGCUGGGCGUCCUCGGCUACGUCUUGAUCUGCGGCGAAUGCCCGUUCUGGUCGCCGGACGAAGCGAUGCAGGGCAUCUCCUCCGACACUCGCGCCUAUGCCGCCAUGCGGUCUAAGAUCUCGUCGUCGACGUCGUCAUCAGCCUCUAGCUCGUCGUCGACGUCGGAUGAGCCGUCAACUUUCAGCGUUGCAGACGCGGUCGACCUCGUCAUGCGCUGUCUGGAGAUCGACCCCGCGAACCGACCGAGCGCUGACAUGAUCUGCGACCACGCCUUCCUCGUGGGUCAGAAGGAAGGAUGGAGGGGCUCCAGGGGGUGGGUGAAUCCGCGAGACGAGGCGGAAGAGGCGGAAGACUGA